UGUGAGUGAGUUUUUGUGUGAGAGUGUGUGUGUGUGUGAGUGUGAGUUUGUGUGUAUCUGUCCACCUGGCCUGCUCCCUCUGGGGCCCCAUCAGAGUCAGGGCCUUGGAAAGGAAGGAGGAAGGGGGGCAGCCGUGGCCACAUCCCUGGGCACCGGGGCCCUCCCUGCCCGCCCCGGCGCCCGCACACACAUCACAGGGCUCAGAGCCCGGCCGCGUGCCCAGGAAAUGCAGCUCCCGCUCUCCCUCGCGGUUUCUUCCUCUCUGUCUGUCGCCAUCGCCUUUCAGGGCUCUCUUUCCUCUGCUGCGUUCGGCGGAGCUCGGGCUGCCAGAAACUGUCGGUUUGUUCUCUUUUUCCAGGCCCCCGGUGAGGUGAUGAGAAGCAGUGGUAGGAAGGAGAGCAGGGGGCGGAGGAUGAGGGGGCGGGGGCCCUGCCAGGGCUUCCCUCGCUGUUGAAAUGGGGCUGGUUUCCUUUCCAUUACCCACUGGCACUUUGUGGGGCUGAGGGCGAGGGCCUCCGUGCUCCAGGGCUGGCGGCCGCUGCCGAGCUCUCCCACAGCCGGGCCCGAGGAGCCGGCCCCGACCAUCGAGGCGGCCAUGGGGCCCUCCCGGAGCAACGGGCUGAUCUUCUGCAUGGGGCUGCUUCUCUGGACAUCACAGCAGUCGCCAGUGAAAACCGAAUACAGCCUUGGCUUUUGGCCAUUCCAGCUCUCGAGGCCAGAAGGAGAAAACGCCACUUUUAUCUGCAACGUCUCCAGCAAGUUAAAAACUCCCAUCUUAAACUGGUACCGAGAAAAGAAUGGCAGCCAGCCGGAGAAGUUAGCUGCCUACCCCAAAGACACGCCCAGCUCUCACCUGCAGGACAGGUACCACAUAGCCAUGAAGGGCGACAAGCGGCUCUACGAGAUGACCAUCUUGGGACUGCGGCUGAACGACAGCGGGAGAUACUUCUGCGGGAUUAUCAACAUCGAAACGCCGGCAGUGGAAGAGAGCGGUCGGUCAGAGCUCAAUGUGACAGAAAGAAUCAUGGUCCCGACCACAGCUCCUCCCGUCACCACCCCAGCACAGCCUGAAAAAUUCCCGUGGCUCAUUGUGGUGAUCCCGGUCGCGGUGGGGGCUGUUUUGCUGCUGCUGAUGCUCUGCUGGAUUCUGGUCGUGGUAGAAUUCCCGGGUCGAGGAGGGGCCGGGAACUCGGGGAGCAACAAGGACGCAAUGUCCAUGAAGAAGGCUGAGCCCUGCGUGCCGUCGGUGUCCACCGUGGUCUACGGUCAGCUGGACUUCCAGAGGGCCGAGGCCCUCAAACAGGGGGGGACCGGCUCGGACGAGCAGACGGAAUACGCCACCAUCAUCUUCCCGGAAGAGAAGGCUGCGUUUCCCGGCAGCUCUCCCCAUCGGAAGUGAGACGCUGCUGGCUUGGAGAGCGCCUUGCAGACCUCCGGAGCCGACGGCUUCCCGUCCCGUCUGAUGUAGGAGCAGACCGAGGCUCGCCGGGAUGGGUCUCCGGGUCUUCCCAGAGGCAGGCCGUCCCUUCCCACCUCCCCGCCACACUGCGCCUCCUGGGGGAACGGGCCCUGGCAGAGGGGGAUGUUUCCUGGCCCUUCAGAGAAGCAGAGCCGGCAGGGGCCCUGGAGAUCCAGCCCCUCAUUUUACAGGAGAGGAAAGAGGCCGGGAGAAGGGAAGGGACUCCCGCAGGACCCCUGCCAGGGCGGAGGGCAGCCCCCUUGCCAAAGCGGGCCGGGCGCUUCUGGUCUCAGGAGCUGCAGGGAAGAGUGAGCAGCACUACAGAGCCGGGAGGAGGUGACACCCUUCCCCCAAAUGGGCCUGACGGAGGCUCUCUUACCGAGAGUUAAUGCAAACUUUGUGGGCACAGGCUGCUAACUGUGAAAGUGAAAACCUUCAUGGGACUGAAGGUGGUGGGAGGCGAGGGCCCAGAGGGGAGCACCCUCCCUCUCACCUGCUCGGGGCUGUGCUAACCUGCAGCUGGAGGGGGGGGCAGGGGAGCUGGGCGGGGGAUGGAGCCUCUUCCCCCUCUCCCACCUGGAUCCUGCCCACUCCUCCGACUCCGCCCUUUGCCAUCCUCACCCCCAGCCCUGCCCAGGGACCUGCUCUCCCAAGCUCCCAGAUCACGGAUUCGGCUCCACCGGCCUACAGCUCCUUCCCAAUGUGGCAAAGCCACUUGGGAUUUCAUUAGCUCCUCAAGGUGCCUUCAAGGAUAAGGGUCCUGCAGGACCUCACUCCCCCUGCACACCGAUCCCCAGGAUGGCCCCUGCCUGCCCAGUGGCCCUCUGGGGCCUGCAGGACCUCGCUGCUCCCUCACACCGAUCCCUGGGGUAGCUCCUGGCCGCCCAGUGGCCCUCUGGGAGAGGACCUCGCUCCCCCUGCACGCCGAUCCCCGCGAUGGCUCCUGGCCACCCAGUGGCCCUCUGGGCUAGUCUCAGCCUGAUUAACAGCAAUGUAACUGAGUCUGGACUAACCUUUUCUUUAAAGAGGACUCAUCUUUUCAAUCCGAACACUCCAGAUCUGGAAGCCCCUUAUUCUUGAAUCUGUGUAUCCUGUAAUUUGGCUUCUUAAAGUUAUUAUUGUUAUUAUUAUUAUUUAUUUUAACGAGAGGUACAGCAGGGCCCCGCGUUCCUGGGCUCUUCCUGGGCACUACCACAGCUCUGACGGAGCCCCCAGGGCAGCGUGAGGCCUUGGGUUUAAGACGAGCUCUAAUUCUUUAGUUACUUUGCGUAUUUGCACUUGACCUUGGCCAGGGAAGACCACGGGCAGCCACUGAGCUGAAUCUGGCCUCCGGCUGCCUCCCGGGGACUUCUGGGAAGGCCAGAGAGAGACCUGGGAAAUCCUGCUCCGUUGACAUCCCCUAAUAUUUUCUGUAGCCCGUUCGGGCUUUGGUGCCUCAUUUCUUUGAGUUUGUUUCUCUAUUGUAAAUUUAAAAGAAACUCGACUCUGAAGCUG